AUUUUAUGGAGGUACUCUGGAAACUUCGAUAAGCUUUCAUUAGAUGGCGCAUCCCUACGCGAAUGCUUCAUUGAACCGCCUCCCGGUGCAGCGGCGCCUUCCCUCCCGGAGAGGAAGGAAAGAUACUAGGCUGCCUGUUUCUAUACUCCGUGCACCGUAGAAGAGCACACUGUACAAACAGCAUACAGAUGUGAGGAACAAGGAAUAUGGCAGGAGCAAAAUCUGGCGUUCACGUACUUCAGCUCAAGCCCAUCAGUGUCCCGAAAAGUUUACAGGAAGGCAGCAAAUUUGUCAAGUGGGACGAUGACUCUGCAUUGGGUACGCCAGUGACGCUCAGGGUUGACAAAAAUGGCUUUUUCCUCUACUGGACAGACCAAAACAAGGAGACCGAGUUUCUCGAAAUCUCCAGCAUCCGCGAUACGCGGACUGGAAAAUAUGCCAAGACUCCCAAGGAGGGAAAGCUACGUGAUUCGGUGACGAUGGGAGCGGCGGACACGCCGCUGGAAGACAAAACACUGAGCGUAGUGUACGGGCCAGACUUGGUGAACGUUAGCAUGAUCCACUUCUGCUGCAACUGCCGUGAGCUAGCUCAACUCUGGACCGAGGAGCUUCUGCGCAUGGCAUACAACCUUCUCUCUAUCAACGCUCCCUCCUCAAAGUUCCUCGAGAAAGCGCACACGAAGUUGCUGCUGAUGACGGACCGAGAAGGACGACUCCCGGUGAAGAACGUGCUGAAAAUGUUUGCCCAGCACCGGGACGACCGAAAACGAGUGGAGAGGGCCCUUGAAGCUGUUGGAUUGGCUACGGGAAAAAACGAAACCGUUGCUCCUGACCGCUUUACCUUCGACGUUUUCCUACGCUUCUACAGGCAGCUUGUUGGACGGCAAGAGGUGGAUUCCAUAUUCGAGAAAUUAUGUGGGGGCAACAAGAAGAAAGUGAUGACAGUGGACCAGUUGGUGGAUUUUCUCAACAAGGAACAGAGGGAUCCCCGCCUCAACGAGAUCCUUUACCCUUACGCCAAUCCUGCAAGAGCCAGAGAUAUAAUAGCGCAAUAUGAGCCAAACAAGAGCUACGUGGCCAAAGGACACUUUUCUGUGGAAGGCUUCCUGCGAUACCUCAUGGGUGCCGACAAUCCCAUCGUGUCACCCGAAAAAUUUGAUCUCAGCUUCGACAUGGAUCAGCCCCUCAACCAUUACUUCAUCAAUUCCUCUCAUAACACCUACCUGACAGGACAUCAACUCACAGGCAAAUCAUCGGUGGAAAUGUACCGCCAGUGUCUGCUCGCGGGCUGUCGCUGCAUUGAGCUCGACUGCUGGACUGGACGCAACUCCGACGAGGAGCCCAUCAUCACCCAUGGCUACACAGUAGUUACAGAGAUACUCCUCAAGGAAGUAAUUGAAGCCAUCGCUGAGAGCGCCUUCAAGACGUCCGAGUUCCCCGUCAUCCUCUCGUUUGAAAACCACUGUUCACCCAAACAGCAGGCCAAGAUGGCCAUGUACUGCCGCAAGUUCUUCGCAGACAUGCUCGUCACGGAACCACUCUCCAGCCAUCCAUUGAAGAGUGGCCAGCCACUGCCUUCUGCCAAGCAGCUAAUGCGGAAGAUCAUCAUCAAGAACAAGAAGAAGCAUCAUACUCGGCCUCACAAGGCUCCUCCCCCUCAGGGGGUGGUGAGAGAGGAAACGGAAUCCGGGGAGUCGGAUGCUCUCAUGUCGUCGCCAUUAGAUAGCAGUGGGAUCGGGAGCAGCGAGAUGAACGGGGAUCCGAAAGCUGCUGUGGCUGCGGCUGACAUGGAAGACUGGGACACAGACUCGGGGACAGAAGAAGAGGAAGUACCUGACAGGUCAUCCGAAGACCAAAACGAGGGUACAGCCGCCAAGGAAACAGAGGCAGUUGCAGAGAUGUCUGCUCUUGUCAACUACAUUCAGCCAGUCCGGUUUCAUUCCUUCGAGCAUGCUGAAAAAAGGGACCGCAGUUAUGAGAUCUCAUCAUUCGUUGAGACACAGGCCACGAAUUUGCUCAAGGAACAUCCUGUAGAAUUUGUCAAUUAUAAUAAGCGCCAAUUGAGUAGGAUAUAUCCAAGUGGUACAAGAGUUUCUUCCAGUAACUACAUGCCUCAGGUAUUUUGGAAUGCAGGCUGCCAACUUAUAGCCUUAAACUACCAAACUUUAGAUCUCGGUAUGCAAUUGAAUCUCGGGAUAUUUGAGUUCAACGCCCGUAGUGGCUACCUACUGAAACCAGACUUCAUGCGACGGGCUGAUCGCAAGUUUGAUCCCUUCACUGAAUCAACAGUGGAUGGUAUCAUUGCCGGAACAGUUUCCAUUAGGAUAAUCUCUGGUCAGUUUCUGACAGACAAGCAUGUAGGAACAUACGUGGAAGUUGACAUGUUUGGUCUCCCUGCGGACACAGUACGGAGACGGUUCCGCACGCGCACAGUGCCGGCGAACGGCAUAAAUCCGGUCUACGACGAGGAACCCUUUGUCUUCAAAAAAGUGGUGCUCCCGGACCUGGCAGUCCUACGUAUCUCGGUAUGCGAGGACAGUGGGAAGCUGCUGGGACACCGGAUCCUGCCCGUGGUGGGGCUACGUCCGGGCUAUCGGCACGUGUCGCUGCGCAAUGAGUCAGGGCAACCCCUGUUGCUCCAGACGCUCUUUGUCCAAGUGACAGUCAAGGACUAUGUGCCUGAUGGCCUCUCAGAGUUGGCCGAUGCCCUGGCUAACCCCAUCAAGUACCAGUCGCGCAUCGAGAAGCAUGCAACACAGCUACGGGCCCUCACCGAUGAUCUCGAUGAGGGACCCACGGCAGCAGAGACGAAGCUUCCGGCACAGGUGUCAUCUCCUGCAGCUGCAGGUGCAGGCGGCGCACUCGCAGCGGGGCAUGCAGGAGGAGCAGCUGGACCUUCGUCUCCUGGGGGAGCAGCAGGAUCUGAGGCCAAAGGCAACAGUCCCCGAGGAGCGGCUGAGGUGACUGACGGGGGACCUGCAAGUACCACUUUGAAUGGGGGAGUGCAGCGCAGCCCAGACCCCAAACUGGUGCGACAGGACACUCUUACACGGAAAUUGGAUCAAACAGUGAGAAGCUUGUCAGAUGAGGGAUCACAGGAGAAAACAUUGUCAUUAUUAGAAUCGAGCGAGGCGAACCUGACGGCCGAGCCAUUAGAAAAGCUGAGGGAGCACAAGUCAGUUCAGAAGGUUCUGGGUAAACUGGAGAAGGAUCUGAGCAGUGCCCGGCGGCGGUACGACAAGCUGCGGGACAAAGAGCGAGACAGCCAAUUGCAGAGAGCAGAGAAGGUUGCUCAAGCAGCUGAGAAGCACAAGGCACAGCUCUGCAAGUCUCAUUCCAAGCUGGGCAAGAAGUUCUCAUGCGGGGAUGUGAUGGCACUCAAACAGCAGAACGAAUCGCAGAUCCAAAAUUUGGAUGCCGAAACCAGAGCGAAGCAAGAGGAGCUGCAGAAGAGCCACAACCUAGCCAUGCUGAACAUCACCAAGGAGCAAUACAGGGCCGAAAUGGACAUUCAACACAAGUAUAUUGACUCCCUUUUUGGUGCACUCGAAAAGUCAAUGCAGGCAUCUCAGGCAGCACAGAUGCAGCAGCUACAAGACCUCCAUGACAGGGAAGUAAGCGAGCUGAUGAAGCGACUGGAGACUCAAACAAAGGAGGAAAUGCGCAGCCUCAACAAGAAGCACAAAGACAAGAAUGAGCUCGAUAGGAUAAAACGGGAACUUCAUCAGAAAAUGAUAGGAGAAGCUGUAGCUGAGCGCCAACGAAUUAGUAGCUUGCUCGAAAAAAAGAAAUCUGAGCUCGAGAGGCAGCACGAAGAAGUGCGAAAGUCUCUGGAGGAAGAUAAGCAGCAAGCGAGCCUAAAGCACCAAAAGGAGUACGAAGAGAAAUGUGGCCAACUGGCAGCAUCUCUCAACGAAAAUCCGGCCCUCUUCUUGGAGCCCAGUGUUGACCAACGGCGGCAGAGCACAGCCCUGUAGCCCUCGCCUUCCCCACAAACAACACUGCAAUAGGCGCUUGACCGGCGCCCCCUCUUCACACACAACGGAAACAAACAACCAUCUGGUCGUCUUAUGCACUGCGCUUCUCCGCUAUAUGUUGUUGCACUGUGUCUCCUCGUUCCGUGAAGCCGUCUGGCCCGCAACUGUGAUAUUUGUUGGAUGGCAGCGAGGAAAUGCAUAGCAGUAUUUGUUCAGUUUUUUUAGUGGGGUGGACGAGCAUUGAGCGAUUCAAGGUCCUCGGCGCAUCUCGGACACAGGCUGUCGCCGGUGACAACUACGUCGUGCAUGGAAAUUCUUGGGGUGUCCCUUGGAAUGGAUGUUUCAGGGUGGUCAGUGUCAGGGUAAUGAGAUGUAGCUGCCAAGUUUUUAUCUGUUGCCUUACUUGACUAGGUAUGUCUAACUGGCCAGUUCAAACACAGAGAGGAAAAAGAAAUCAUGGCAUUGAUGCUUUAUCACAUUUUAAUUCUUUGCUUUUUUUUAAUCUAGGAGAAAACAGCUCUUUUUACACCGCUGUUUUUCUAGCUCUAAAACUAAUCUGACUAAUACCUCGUCUGACUAUGCAACCACUCAUGCCCAGUAAUCAUGUGACUACGUACACACUGUAUGUCGGCUCUGAGUCGGUAAAUUUUAGCUCAUCAAACAUUGUUAGUUCAAGCAAAACAAUUCACACAACAAUGCGAAAUUGUGCUCAUUUUUCACAUAAAGCAUCCCGCUAGUUUCCAGCAUGAUUUGAUUGGUGACAAGCAACAAGAUGCAAACCCACCUCUUUUAUUGUAACAUUCAAUGCUGCAUGUUUAUUUCAUUAUUCGUUGUCAAGAACGUGUACUUAAAUCAAGGAAGCAGACAACUGGUGUGAUACCAUUUUUUAUUUUAUUUUUUACACUGUAAUUAUAAUUGCACAGAGGAACCCAGAAAAGUCAGAAGAUAUAGCUCAUGCGACUCCACCCUGUAGCAUUAUGUGACCUGAAUUGACUAGCAAAGUGACAGUGGUGUCACACUGUGUAGAUGUAUUUAGAGUUGCAAUGCACUGCGUGAUAUCUGUAUGCUGUGGGGUUCACAGCAUGGUAUUACAAAGUUGUUCCUAAUUUAUUUUGCAUCUAAGUGACACGUGAUUCACACAUAGAUUUUACUGUUUCACUUUUUUUUUAUCCAGUUUUAUAGCAUCAUGAUGGUAGACAUCGAAGAUAUGUUACAUGAAUCUUUGCUCCUCAUUUUCACCUUUUUUAGCACACGUGUCUUUGGCACUGAUUCGCAUUGACGGUGGAUGUUUCACGACACUGCUCUAACUUUUCUUUUUAUAAUGUUACAAGAUAGAGCUAUAAGAGUUUCCACAAAAGAUUAAGAGCUCCGGAUGUGCUGAUAUUUAAUCAAACUUAGGUGUCUAACUAAGUUUUGGUCGCAGAUUGACGAAGCCCAUUACAGCCCAGAUCCUGACAUAAUACAUUUUUAUGUCGAGAGAUCAGCACUUUGGAUCGGCAUUUAACGUUUUAUUACUUGUAAGUUAUUCCCGAAUAAAUUGCAAAGAACAUGAUACUGAAAAUGUAAAUCUUUCUGCCUGUACGAACAAUGAGUAUUAUGCUACCAGUAAUAGUAGGUGGCCUAGUACCAAUGUGGAAAUUAAGAAAAUGUAACAAAAAUGUAACAAAAUGUAAUAACUAAGUGUCGAUUUGACAAAAUAACUAUGCAUCGAAAUGACGAAAGUGUAACGAAAUGUAAUAACUACGUAUCGAUUUGUCAAAAGCAUGGUCAGCCAGUGAACCCUGCAGCAGGACAUCAUACAGUGUUUUUGUGAACGCUUUGAUUUCUUUAAGAAAAUGCACUACAUCCUCACAGACAAAAAAAAACUGAGGUCAAAACAAGGACACCAGUUUUACUAUGUAGGAGAAGCUACAAUCUACACUGUAGUACUUGUACAGCCUGCAGAAAGCUGUGUUUGUGUGCAUGUGUGCGUGCUUUACAGUUUUUCCUCAGUGCUUUAGAUGUGCCAAACGAAAAAAGCAAAUCAUUCCUACCGUCAUCUCGGUCACCACAUUCUUGCAGUCCCUGUCCCGAGUCUCCCUGUCUUGUAGUUUUGAGGCGCCUGUAAAUAGUGUGGAGGGCUCAUUUUCUAAUUGCUAGUUCAAGGCAAACAAAUAUAUGUAGAAAACAACAACAACAACAGGACAGCAGUGGUACGGAAAAAAAAGGGGGAGAGGUGCAUUUGUCAGAAUGCAGAGAUCUCCUGUUUGUCCCUCGAAAGUUUGCUCUACUGAAUGAACGCAGCUUCUCCUGUGGGUCUAUGACUACGUCAUUACAUUAGUGUGUGAAUGUAGAAAAGUGUGUGAAACGAAAAAGAAGAGUGCGUUGGGUCCAUCACAGUGCAAACUCAUGCAAUUGUGAAAGCCUGUUUUUUGGUUUGUCUACUUUUUUCUCAAUUACAUUUACUGUUGACGUUGAAUAAUUGAGAUUUUUAGAGCCAAUGUACAUUUUAGUUCUUACCUGUGUGCUUCAUACCACACGCGAAAAGGGUAUUGGUGUGUUGUCGAGGAAACAUUCCAUGAUUACGUCGUUAAAUCACGUCACAGGGUUGAAAAAAGUAUUGUGUCUGUCAUCCAAGCAUUGCAAAUCGUACAUGGUACAACUGAAAAAAGAGAAUAUUUCGAAGCUUCCAGGUGUGCGCUCGUCCGAUAGACUGAGCACAACGCCCACACAUAUAUGUAUACAGACUUUAGAGAUAGAUGUAUGUUUUCAGCCGUCUGGAGAACCUGUCAGUAUUUUUUGAAUGUGCGGCAUGAAAAAAAUUGUAGCGUUAUACUUUUACACCUGUUGCGAAGAAUAGGAGAGAGAGAGAAUAUAUAUUACAUUCUGCUGAAGAGUCUCGGGUGGUUUUCCAGCGUUAAAAAAUACGGUCCGCUUCACACGGUGAUUUUUACCUCUUCGAAUUAGCGCUUAGCAACAUUGCCUCCGUCAUGGUUUCGAGGGUGCAUUCGCAUAGCUCACUUUUUCGUAGAAGUGGAUAGAAUGGAUCGUGAUGUGUCCAUCUUACCUAGCAGGUUGAUUAACUUUUCUAGAGGAUGCGGAAUACAGUAGGGUGUAUUCUGUCAUCAACCUUUGCCCAGCAGAAGCUCAUUUUAUUAAACGGUCGUAAACAUUGACAAGGUGGUUGCAGUGUACUUUUACCAGGCUAAUUACUUUUCCCCGAUGUCAUACAGUACGAUUUGUAGUAUAGAGACCCAGUACAGGCUCAUAGACACGUUCAAUUCUUAGAGUUACUUGAAGAUUACUAGAAAAAUUGAAUCCUGAUGCAUUCUUUCUGUCGUUGAGCGAAGGCUUUGCUGCUGCUACCCCUGUGCAAUGCAGCGUUCAUCGAAAUUGUGCCAUGUAAGGUCCCAAUCAGUGGCAGAAAAACAAGGCGAGAGGAGGGGUGGGGUGCAUUUAUGGCCCUGGCAGAAAAGAGAGAGUGACCCCCAGACCCCCGUGAGUUACGGCGUGUGUUCUGCUGAUUAAACAGUGAAGGGUAGGUCCUCACCAAUGCAACCUGUGUGACCGUAUUUACUUGCAUAAUACAUGGAUGUGCUCGCAUAAUUAACAUACUCCAAACUUGGGCGCCCAAAUUUUAGCACUUUAUUUUUUUCCACACGUACUAAAUGCACCACGACUGUUUCAGCAUUUCAGCAUCCGGAGUGCUGAUGAUGUUUUCUGACCGGUGCCCUUGUAGCAUAAUUCAUCAUCAUGGAGAAAAAAAGUAAUGGACAAAGCAUAUAUGGGCACUGUGGGAAGAGGCAACAAAAAUCAGACCCACUGUGCUCGUAAGGUGGGACAGGGAAUAGGUAAGGAACAAGAAGAUGCUUGGUAGGAUGCAGGAAAACCACAUAGCAGCAUUAUGUGGCUUUCUGGUGCCAAUGAGAUUAAUCACAGAGUUGCCAGAGACAACCCCCCCCUCCUUUCUGCCAGGAAAGUACACUGCCAACAGUGGAAGUUGAAGUCUGCUGCUCAGUAAUUAGUUAGUCUGACUGUGCAUUAUGUGCACGUUAGUCCAAAGUAUGCAGUCCCAGCUAUUGUGUUCACAAUACGCUGCAAGCAAUUUGUUAAGAGAGAUCUGCACACAUUGUUCAUAGCAUUGCCAGCAGUGUACAUAUAGAGAGAUCCGACAAGUUCCUUAGGGUACGCACUGCUUCCUCAACGACUUAUGAGACAGCAUGAUGAAACAGCACACAUACAUUUGAGCUGAUGAUAAACAGGAUAAACAAGUGUCCAUGGACAUGCUUUUUUUUUUUGUUGUAGAGUCAGAGCAUUGAAGCUACCUUAAAGGGCACUAAAGUGCAAAAAUUCCCCUAGCAGAAUCAACGGUGCCAUUACCUUGACGUCAACAUAAAGUGAACAGGAUUCGUCUGUUGUGUCAUUUGUGCGAAAGAAACUGCAAUUUACGCUUUCCCUCUUUUUCUCCUCCUCAAGAAGGCUGACAAUGCAGAGGGGGCUCUCAUUGGUCUCCUCAAACGAUUUGUCCAUUCAAUGGCAGGGGGUUGUUUGAGGAGACCAAUCCGAGGCCUCUCUGCAUUGUCAUGCUUCCUGAGGAGGAGAGGGAGAAGGAAAGCGUACGUCGAAGUUUCUUUCACUCAUACAUCACGACAUCAUACGUCACAUUAGCAGACGAAUCCCGUUCCUUUGGUGUUGGUGUCAAGGUAACGACAUCUUUAAGUGAGGAGAAAUUUUUGGACUUUAGUGCCCCUUUAAGUAUGUUUGGGUUAGCAGCUGAAUUUGUACAGGUUGAAAACUGCAUUCCAUACUGCUACUUCCUUUGUCCUUUUUUUGGGUCACAUUAGAGAAUUUGUUACUAUGUAUGGGAUAAUGAACGGUAUAGAUGUAGUUUGAAUGUCUCAACAGGCUCUUGUCUUGGGCCGUUGUUACUGUUCAAUUAUGCAAUUUGUUUGCUUUACAUUUUAAUUCGAUGUAAUCUAGAACAUAAGUACUGGGUACUGGUUGCUUCACCCCGUAGCUACUCGUACUAGUCGCGCGCAUGGCCACAUGAAAUGAUGUGACAUGUCACAGCAGCCCAAUGUCCUGUACUUUUGCAAAGUUUCGUAACGAACAGCAUCCGCACUAGCAAAAUUCCGGCGUUACUUUUAUCGAAAUACUUCUUAUUUCAUAGAGAACCUUUGUAUUGCAUUAUCGAGAGACACGGUUUCAAGAUAAGCCGUGCCUGAUCCUCUAUUUCUUGUUGACGUGCAUACGUGUCGAGCUAGAACUAGAAUUGUGUUGUCAGCGCGUUCGGGGCCGUUUUACGAUGAACGUGGUGCAAGUGCUGUUGUAUGUAGUCGUUGCUUCUGUUAACUUAUCUGUGCAGCCCCAAUCAUGUUGGAAGGCGUACAGCACACACAGUCUGCUCACCGGAAACUCACAGCCACACAACUGUGUCUUGUUCACGCUUUUCGUUUUGGGGAUCUACAUUCCGCAGCUGUUGAUGUUUAUUACGAACUAGGAUGUCGGUGUGGUGUGCCGUAUGUACUUUGUUGGACAUGCACUACAUGUUGGGACAAAAGCUCUUGCAUGAGCGUGGUGGGAUCCUGAUAACUUUCUUCUGCUAUGGCAAAAAACAAGGCAGUGUGCAAGCUUAUUCUUCCUACGGUGAUGUCUCAUGCAUUACAGACAUUAUUCAAAUCAUCACGAAUUAUCAUCAUUAUCAAUUUCCAACACGUUCCAUCCAAAUGGCUUGAGGGUAUAUAGUUCUUGUUAUCAAAUGAACAUUCUCACAAGGGGAUUCUAUGUUACAUUUCAUACUAUAUUGUUAAUGGUGUUGAAGUGAUAGAAUAAAACGCUUGAACAAUAAACGAAGAGAUUUCACGUUAUGUAAUACUAAGUUAUUUUCUUCUAAAUUUGGGUAACUGAGUACUUAAAUAUUUCCAGAAUUGAAUGCAUUGACUGAGGUUCGCUAAGCUGUGUGCAAAAUUCCAGUAAAAUAUUAAAAUAUGUAUCAGUACCAAAAUAACCUGUGCGCUUCAAAUAUUUGCACACGCCUUUUUCAUUUUGUUGAUCUCUAGCCUGCUUUAGUUUCAUAUUUUGUAACACAUACCCGAGAUUGGUCAUAUACUGUCUGGUCUAGUGAAGCCCAAUGGUAUUUGACAAAGUAACCGCUGCAUGAGAAACCUAUCGGGAUACCAGAAAACGUAUUUCUAGGUAAAUGCACCAGCCAAAGAGUCGAGCGUGUGAAAUUUUGUUGACAUUCAGUUCCAACACCAUAUGAUGUCACUAUAUAGUGCACAAAGAAGCACAUACUGUGAGGAAAUUUUGCAGCAUUCCCUUUUUGACUUCAUUGUCGUAUGUAUCCCUGUACAGUGUAUGAUUCCUCAGAAACACACACAGUCAAACAUUUCAAAAACACGAAAAGGAAACAAACGGAAGGAAGGCCAAACAUGAUGGUGUGUUGUAAAGCACUGUCUUUUGCACAGCAUUUGUGGUCACAUCUGGUGAGGAAGAAAGAAAGAGUUGUCACAGAUAUAUGGGACACAUUGUUAAAGGAAGCUAUAGUUUGACUGUGUAUGUGCAUGUAUAAAUAUACUAUACAUAGAUAGAAGUGUAUAUUGUUUAUUAAAAAAGAGGUGAAAAGGAAACCGUUCCCACUUGCUCAACAGAAGUGGGGAGGGGGUUGUAGUUCCCCCUCCACUAAGAAGUGUCUAUUGUUGUUUGAUAUUAUACUGUUCACGGUUACUCCCAAAACAAAAAAGGGUGAAAAGCAAUGAAACGAGUAUCGAGUAAAAAAAAAAAAAAAAAGAAUGUGCAGCAUGCUGGUUAUUUUGAGGAAAAAAAAAAAGAAUUGCAGUUGGGGAGAUCUAUGCACUGUUGUCGUUGGGUGUGUGUGUCUUUCGGAGGUGAGGGUCACUUGGGCUUGUAAAUAAAUACUUUUCUGUCAUGUGCUACUCACUUCAUUCUCCCAGCCAACUGCACCCGGUGCUAUGUGUAAGGUAGUGUGGAAAAUAAAUUUGGGAAACGUGGAUGA